AUCUUUCGGCGUAUUGCAAGUUGCUCUAUAUUCAUAAUCACUAUUUAACUCGUCCCAUGGCAUCCCUUCAGCCUUGUCAAAUGCCAAGGGGCUCGAUGAGGCUCUUGUGCACAACCUCACUUAACCAAACCCUCUUCCUCUUCCUCUUCUCUCUCCUCCUCUCUCCCUCCUUUCUCUUCCAACAGCCAUCCCAUCCAUCUACCCCAUCACCCAUCACCCAUUUCCUCUUCCUCUUCUUCGUCCACCUCGCGCACAAAACACUCCGCAAUUGCCAAAAAGCCGAGACCAAAGAUCUUGAGAUAUCAGAAAUCAGAUACCUCCACAGCGUUGUCCGAACUAGAUACCUAAUUAUCAACUAUUUCUAUACUCCCAGCUCGAUACCAAGCAAUCAAAACUCGCAAUCGGCAUUUGCAAAUAUAAAAAGUGAGGUCAAAACACAAUCCGGCCCUGUGCGGAGGUAGUUUUACGGUGACCCGUCACUGAGAAAGGUGGAGGGUAGAAAAUUGUCUGUUUUUCUUGAGAUGUACAUAUGUUGUGGUGUACGUAUCAACAGGAUAUAAAUAUCGAACGUCGGGUAGUAUAUCAUCUCCUUUCAUCUCAUCGAUAUAUCUACCUCUAGCCCUGCCACUGCCAGAAGGAAAUCCAGAUUCCAAGUAUACCGUCUCAAGGCAAGCCCCUCAAGGGUACACCAUGGAGACUGGUUAGGUAGCUCGGUGGCUAGGUAAGGAGAAGUAACGAUACGUGUAGAUAUUUCGGGCCG